GAGCCGAGUCCUGCCGAGCACUGCCGAGCGCGGCCAGGCCGGGGCCAGGCCGGGAGCAGCCGGCCCGAGGCUGCCAACCGUACCCCGGCUGCUGCCGGCCGCGGGCCGCCGCCACCGCCGCCCUCUCCCUGCGGUGCGGGGCUGCCGCCGCCGCUUCGUUCUUCUGCGGCUGCCGGUCGGCGGAGCAGGUUCUUGGUCUUGAUGAUAUUAUGGAAGAAGAAGGAGUUAAGGAGAGUGGUGGCGACACCAUUGCUGAUGAUGAGCUUGUUUUGCCCAACAGGCCCUUGCGGAGCCGUGCUGAGGAGGCAGCAGCAGUCACCUCGCCAAGGAAGUCACCACGUUUGAUGGCACAAGAGGCCGUGCGGAGCCUGCGGCAGAGCACCCUGGCCAAGCGCUCCAAACUCACCCCUCCUGUCAGCAUCAAGAAAGCCUCUGCCAAGGGAGGAGCUGCUGCAAGAGCUGGGCAGAAAGCAGAGAGGAGUCCAGUGAAAGACACCGAGGCUGCUGCAGCCCCCAGGACAGAGCAGGCCAGAGAGGUCAGGCGCAGCACCAGGCGGUCUGGGCAGGUGGAAGGGACAGAAGCAGCAGUGGCAGCAGCCCAGGGUGACUCCCCAUGUCCUACUGCUCCCAAGGGGGGCAGUGAAAGCCUUGAGCAGGCAGAAGCUGAGGAAACAUCCCAAGAGUUAACUUGUGCUGAUGUAGCAGAAGCCUCUCCUCCUCCUGAAGGAGCAAAGGAGAUAUUAAAGGCUGCAGCUGGAGCUGGGCACGCUGAGGCUGUCUGCUCGGGGCCUGCGGACACCGAGGUCACUGCAGUUCAGAAUGCAGCCAGAGGUGUGAGUGAGCCAAUGGGCUCUGAGCUCUCUGCAGAGGAAGAGACUGACAGCAGGCCAGAGGGGCUGCAGAAGACACCAGAGGAGCAUGAGCAGAGUGGGGCAGCUGGAGAAGCUGAGGAUGCCUCAGCUGGUGUGGAUCCGAGCGACGUUUCUGAGCCCUUGCCAGACCUGCCCAGCCCUGCAGGAGCGGGCACUAAUUGUAGCUUGGGUUCACACAGCCGGGGAGCUCCCAGUGAAAAUGCUCUCUCAGAGCAGGAUGGUGGGGCAGAACCUGCAGGUGAGACAUCUGCCACUGCGACUGAGGAGCUGUUGGGCAGCACAGAGCCGGGCCAGAAAGCCUUGACAGGUGCAGAGCUUCCUUCUGCUGGUGCAGGGAGCAGCAGCGUAGAGAGCACCGCUGCGGAGCGACCCAGCCCGGGUGUUCAGCAGCAGGUCAGCCCCCAAGCAGCAGAGUGUGAGGGUGCUGAGAGGCAGCCUGAGGCGUCCUCACGGUGUGAGAGGAACGUCAGGCCCAGGCUGAGCAAGCCUGCAGCACAGACCAAGCCACCUCCGCCUGCAGCUGUCCGCCAGAAGUUGGGCACGACCCAAGCCAAGCCAGCACGGUCCAGAACGAGAGCUGGGCUUGCUGGGUCAGGGCUUCACAGUCCUCCUUCUGCAGGCCUGAAGAGGAGUGCAGAUGAGCAGGAGGGGGCCCAGAGCAACCCGGUUAAGGUCAGGAAGAAGGAAUCUGAUCCAGGUUUUAAGGCCAAAGGCUGUGUGCCAGGGCUUAAAAAGCAGAGCAGUGCAGUGCUGAAGAAAACAGCCCGAACCCAAGCUCCUUGGCAGGCCCAGAAGUCCUCAGUUCAAAGAGCAAGUGAGAGAUCCCCUACUCAUCAAGGCUCCUCUAGAGAUCCCCACCAUGCCCUGCACCUUCCCAGCCCUGCUCAGAAGCAAGCCCAGCCUCAGAGGCACCAACUUCCAACCGUGCUGAGAGCGAACAGCUGCGCGAAGGAGGAGGCGGAGACCAAAGACUCUCCUGUCCUGGAACAGCCGAGGGAAGAGGACAGGGAAAAAAGCAGGUGCAGAAGAGCUGAGAAGAGCCUGCAGCCGCGGCAGAGGAGGAGCAGCAGGAGCCUGUCCCUGGAGGAGCCUCCCCUCUUCAUCCCAGACAACAUCGCCAGUGUGCGCAGGGAGGGCGCGGAGCAGCCCUGCGCCGACAGCAGGCACGCCUGGGUGCCCAGCAGGCACUGUGGUUUCUGCAGGAAGCCCCAUGGCAACAGGUUCAUGGUGGGCUGUGGGCGCUGUGACGACUGGUUCCACGGGGACUGCGUGGGGCUCAGCCUGGCCCAGGCGCAGCGGCUGGGCGAGGAGGACAAGGAGUACGUCUGCGUGCGCUGCUGCGCCGAGGAGGACGGCAGGAUGGAGAGCUCGGGGCCGGCCGAGGCCCCGGGCAGAGCGGAGCUGCAGAGAGAGGAGAAGGGCCCCGACGGGGACAGGGCAGCGGCGAAGCAGACGCCCCCCGGGGCGGACAGGAGCAGGCAGGCAGACGACGCCGGCAAGCACAAAGUCAAGAUCUUCAGACGGGAGUCUGGCGAUGGGAAGAGCCUGGCAGAGCCCAGAGACAUGGAUGCUAAGAAGGGACAGCAGCUUCCUGUGCGGAAGGGCCCCCAGAGUGCUGCUGGCCUUCGGCGCUCCCCCGAGGACAAACAGGAGAAGCUGAGUAGGGAAGCUCUCAGUGUGCCAGAAAGGUCCUCAAAGCCAGGUGUCCACGAGAAACCAGAACUGAAGAAGAAGAAGAGUGAGAGAAGCUCUGUUGCUGCAGCUCACCCCCAGGCUGUCCCUGCUUCCAAGCCCUCUGCUGACCAGAUCAGGCAGAGUGUCAAGCAGUCUCUGAAGGAAAUCCUGAUGAAGAGGCUGAGCGACUCCAGUCUGAAGAUCCCUGAGGAGAGGGCAGCCAAGGUGGCCACCAGGAUCGAGCGGGAGCUCUUCUCCUUCUUCCGAGACACUGACUCCAAGUACAAGAACAAAUACAGGAGCCUGAUGUUCAACCUCAAGGACCCCAAAAACAACAUCUUGUUCAAGAAAGUGCUGAAAGGGGAGGUGACUCCGGAGCACCUGAUCAGGAUGAGCCCGGAGGAGCUGGCGUCCAAGGAGCUGGCUGCCUGGAGGCAGAGAGAGAACAGACAUACGAUUGAGAUGAUUGAGAAGGAGCAGCGGGAGGUGGAGAGGAGACCCAUCACGAAGAUCACUCACAAGGGGGAGAUCGAGAUCGAGAGCGAGGCACCCAUGAAGGAGCAGGAGGAGGCCAUGGACGUGCAGGAGCCCAGCCUGAAACUUCUGGAGAAGGCAGAGGAGGCUGACAGGGACAGGGAGGUGCCUGAGUCUGCAUCUCCAGACACCACCAGCCAGCACAAGAACCACCUCUUUGACCUCAACUGCAAGAUCUGCAUAGGGCGCAUGGCUCCCCCGUCCGAUGCCCUCUCCUCCAGGAAGGUGAAGGUGUCGGUGGGGGUCGCGCGGAAGCCGUCGGACAACGAGGCCGAGAGCAUCGCCGACGCCCUCAGCUCCACCUCCAGCAUCCUGGCUGCAGAGCUGCUGGAAGAUGACAAACAAGACCCAGCCAAGUCCUCGCUGCCUCCUCUCCCAAAGUCAGAAACCCCUGGCACCGUGGAAUGUGAAAGUCUGUUCCUGGCACGCCUGAACUUCAUCUGGAAGGGCUUCAUCAAUAUGCCUUCAGUGGCCAAGUUUGUCAUCAAGGCUUACCCAGUGUCUGGCUCCUUUGAGUAUUUGACAGAGGAUUUACCUGAUAGUAUCCAAGUAGGGGGCAGGAUCUCUCCUCAGACUGUCUGGGAGUAUGUAGAAAAAAUCAAAGCUUCAGGGACCAAGGAGAUCUGUGUGGUUCGCUUCACGCCGGUGACGGAGGAGGAUCAGAUCUCCUACGCCCUGCUCUUCGCCUACUUCAGCAGCAGGAAGCGCUACGGAGUGGCUGCCAACAACAUGAAGCAGGUGAAGGAUUUGUACCUCAUCCCCCUGGGCUCCUCAGACAAAGUCCCACAUCACCUGGUGCCUUUUGAUGGGCCUGGGAUUGAAGUCCAUCGACCCAACCUGUUACUGGGGCUGAUCAUCCGCCAGAAGAUGAAGAGGCAGAUCCCUGCUGUGGCCACUGCUGCUGGUGGCUUUGUGGAUGAACCUGCUGAGAGCAGCUUGGGCACCCUGCCACCAGAGAAGAAAAGCAAGCCAAGCAAACCUGAAGUCUCUCAGCAUGAGCUGGCCCUGGAGGAGGAGGAGGAGAACGAUUUCUUUAACUCCUUCACAGCAGUGCUGCACAAGCAGAGGAACAAGCCCCAGCAGGCCAGCGCUGAGGAUGCUGCAGCAGUUACUGAGCCCUUGGUGGACAGCACCAAGCACGAACCACCAAAGCCUCUCAGAUUUCUGCCUGGUGUUUUGGUUGGGUGGGAAAAUCAACCUUCUGCUCUGGAGCUGGCAAAUAAACCCCUGCCAGUGGAUGACAUUCUUCAAAGCCUCUUGGGUACCACGGGGCAGGUGUUUGAGCCCAGCAAGGCAGCAGCAAGCUCCAGCGAAGACAUUCCCCUGCUAAACGAGCAGGCAGCCUCCCAAGAGGAGGACAUGGACCUCGAAGGGACUCCUGAAGACACUGAAGCAAAGGCUGCUUUGGAUGACCCCCCAGAACCCAGCAGUGCGGCUGUGGAUGCAGCAGCUGGAGUGGCCUCUGGUUCUUCAAGAAGUGCUGGCUCCUUGGUGGGGUUGAGCCUUAAGGGGAAGCCUCCAGAUGUCUCCACAGAGGCGUUUUUAACUACUUUAUCCGCUCAGAACAAAGAAACUGAAGAGGGCAAAGAAAACGACCCAAAGAGGCAGCUACCUGACAAGGACAGUGCUGCCCAGGAAGCCAGAAGGACCACACCUUCCAGCUUGUCGUCUUCUUCCUCCUCCAGUGCAGGGAAAAAACCCAAUGAGAACAACCUUGCAGCAGGCUCCUCUGAAGGUGCCACUGCCACCACCUCUAAAUCCCCACCCUUCAUUAAUCUUAAGAGGGACCCACGGCAGGCAGCUGGCCGGAGCCAGCAGGCUGCAGAGAGCAAGGAAGGGGAGGCCAGCAGGGGCGAGGAGCGCCAGGGCACCUCGGGGGCUGAGCCAGCAGAGGCAGACUGCAAGCAGCCUUCUGCAGAAGCUGGCCUGAACCCCUACCAGGGCGAUGCUCAGAGCAGCGAGGCACAGCAGGGGGCAGCUGCCGCCAAAGCGGAAAGUGCCACUGCGGAUGCCAAGCAGCCUUCGGAGGAUGCCCUGCUGCAGGGUGUGGAGGCAGCAGCUGCCUUCAGGAGAGGCUCGGCAGCUGCUGCAGCUCACUUUGAAGCAGAGAACCCUUCUCGCUCUGACUUUCUCUCCCAAGUGCCCAGCCCUGUCCCAGGCAGCAGCUUCCCACCCGUCAGAGCUCCGCAGCAGAACUUCCAGCAUCCCAAAUGCAGCCCAGCUGGAUUUCAGUUUCAGGCUCCUGCGCCUCCCAGCUUCCCUCCGCAGAGCAGCCCCAUGUUUGCCUUUCCUCCUCACCUGCCGCCUCCGCUCCUUCCUCCUCCUGCCUUUGGCUUCCCUCAGGGCCCGAUGGUGCCCUGGCCCCCCGUGGCUCACCUGCCAGGUCAGCCACCGCACUUCACAGGGCCCCUGCCCCCGGGACUGCCACCGGUGGCGCACAAACAGCCUCGGUUCUUGGGAGCCGACAACUUCUUCCUGAGCAAGGACAGCAGGAGGCCGGAGAGGCGCCACAGCGACCCGUGGGGCAGGCAGGAGCAGCCGCAGCAUCCGGAGAGGGGCUUCAGCAGGGGCAAGGGCGAGCAGCACAGGCAGAGGUUCUACAGCGAAUCCCAGCAGCAGAAGAAGGAGAGGCAUGAGAAGGAGUGGAGCUGGGAGCAGGAGUCUGAGCGGAACAGGCGCAGGGACAGGAACCAGGAGAAGGAGAGGGAGAGGGAGAGGAAGGGCAGAGAGGAAGGGCAGCGCGACAAGGAGCGAGCCCGGUCCCCGCACGCCGCCGAGGGAAAGAGCCCCAGAGAGACUAAAAACCCCGAGAAGAAGGGGGAGAAACCCAAACCCGAGGAGGACAAAGAGAGGAGCAAAGAGAAGCAUAGGGAGAGGGAGGGCGAGAAGAGCAGAGACAGACACAGGGACCACAGCGACAGGAGCAAAAGCAAGAGGUGAAGAGCUGCAGGCAGACAAACCUAUAGGCAGAAGCCUUCGGGGGGAGGCUCAGACUGUCCAUGAGAGAGGAGAAAAGAAGCCCCACAAAAAGCAGCCUGUAGGAUUGGGAUUGUGCCAUUUGGGUAGGGCUUGUCCUCGCUGGCUGGCAGAGCUCUCUGUGGCUCUGGUGCCACCCAAGGUACCAAGCCUCAGUUCCUUUGCUCAUGAGACCAGCUAGAAGUAGGGACUGGAGCACUUUGAACCACAUCUCUGCUGCUGUACAGCCUCAAACUUCCACCACUUCUGCAGCUUGGGAGGUCUUUGGGGGAUUUUUCGGUCCUAGCUGAGGCUUUCCUCAAAUCCUGCAGAAUUGAGUUGCUGCCUUUUGUGGUCUCUUCUGGUUUAAGAUCAUUUAAAAAGUCAAUUUCAGGCUCUCA